AUGACAAGCUUGACAUCCAUCGACAUAUCGUAUAAUGAGUUAGAGGGUCCUUUACCUAACAUUCCAGCCUUUCAUAAUGCUACAAUUGGAGUCGUGAGAGGAAACAAAGGCUUCUGUGGAGUUAUUGCUGGUCUCAACCUUUGUACAACAACAACGUUAAAAGGCAAAAACAAAAACAAAAACAAAAAGUUGUUGCUAGUUUUGAUUCCUACUUUGGGUUGCCUACUUUCUUCGCUUCUUGUUGUGGGAGCUUUAAGUAUUGGAUGCCAAAGAAUAAGGAAAACAAAUGCUAGUUCGGCUGAUGAAAGCAAUGAAAACCCAUGGGCAAUAUGGAGCUUUGAUGGAAGAAUGAUUUAUGAGAGCAUUAUUGAAGCCACAGAGGAGUUUGAUGCCAAAUAUUGUAUUGGUGAGGGAGGAUAUGGGAGGGUUUACAAGGCCCGGUUGCAAACAGUGAAACUAUUGUUGUAAAGAAACUUAAGAAGCAUUGACGUAGAAAUGGCUGGUCGAAAAGCAUUUGAAAGGGAGAUUCAUGCUCUGACCGAAACUCGGCAUCGGAAUAUCAUCAAGCUCUAUGGCUUUUGCUCAAGUUCUCGACAUUCAUUUUUGGUGUAUGAGUUCUUGGAAUCAGGCAGCUUGAAGGAUGUACUGAACAAUGAAGAGAGGAUUGCAACAUUUGACUGGAAUAAAAGAGUGAAUGUUGUUAAAGGUGUGGCCUAUGCUUUGUCCUACAUGCACCAUGAAUGCUCACCCCCAAUAAUUCAUCGAGACGUAUCAAGCAAGAACAUUUUAUUGGAUAAAGAAUAUGAAGCUCACGUCUUUGAUUUUGGCACAGCUAAAGUUCUACAACCUUAUUCAUCCAAUUGGACUUCCUGCGGCACCUUCGGAUAUGUAGCUCCAGAACUCGCAUACACAAUGGAAGUGAAUGAGCAAUGCGAUAUUUAUAGCUUCCGAGUGGUGACAUUGGAAGUAAUUAUGGGAUGCCAUCCAGGCGAUCUCAUUUUUUCUCUCAUGUCUGCAUCUUCAUCACCAUCAAGCAAUUCAAUAAGUUCUUGGCCAAUGAAGGAAGUUUUAGAUCAAAGAGUUCCAUUCCCCAAAGGUAAUGUGUUAGGGGAAGUGGCUUUGGUGACAAAGAUCGCAUUUUUGUGCUUAAAUCCCAAACUAGAGCAUCGUCCAACCAUGCAACAAGUUUCUCGGGCAAUAUCAUCGCAAGGCUCGAUCAUGUUAAGCCUAUCAGAGGACAUCAAAUUGGAAGAACUAAUUGAUCCUAAAUGCUUCACUUAUUGA